UUACGCAAGUGCAGCCAUCUGUUUAUUACAGAUUUUCAGGCUUCAUGUAACUCCUGGAAUCAAUGGACAUCAUCUUGGACUUUACUGGUGCACUUGAGUAUUUUCCGUUGGUUGUUGUUGUUGUUGUUAUUGCUAAUUGAGCUGAUUUAAGCUUAAUUUAUAUAUUCAAUUACAGGAAUAUAUCUAUAACAGGCUUCAAUUCAGCUACGGAUGGUACUUUACCUUUUCUCAAGGAUUGGUUUUCCUGGCUCUGAUAUACUUCCUUAAUGGUUUUAAUCCAAAGCAAAUGGUGAACCCAUGGAACACUUCUGUUAAGUUAUCUGCAGUUCUCAUGAGCUCAGGUGGAUCAACCAAAGGCUCUUUGGCUUUCCUCAGCUGUCCAGCACAAAUCAUAUCAGAUCCACCAAGGGUUUGCACCUCAUGAUAGGAUGGACUCUCAUACCGGGCAUGCGAUGAAAAUAUCCACCCUUUGAAUAUAAAUCUGCAGUACUCUUAGUAGUAGGCCUGAUCCUUUUCACCUUGGCUGAUGCACAAGCCUCGCCAAAUUUCAGUGUAAUUAGUGUGCUAAAGAUAGCUGGUGCUUUUAUCAUGGAUUCCUUUUUGGUGAAUGCGCCAGCUGUCAUCUUCAAGUCAAAUCCUGACAUGACACAGAUGAAGAUGCUCUUUUGCUCAAUCGGCUUUCAGUUGUUGAUCCUGGAUAUUAUUGCAAUGCGAGAGCUAAAGCCAACAUGGAUUUCAUGUGCUCAACAUCCCUAUGUUUACGGAGUCUUAGUGCUUGAAGCCUGCGCUACUUUCACGGGGCAACUGUCUGUCCUUUCUGUCAUAGCAUUUCUUGGUGCUGCUACCACUGCAAUGCCUUUGACCAAACAACAUUGUUGUGGAUUUCUGUUGAUGUGUAUGGGUAUUAUAAUGAAGAUGUUGCGGGACAACAAACCUCUACCGCCUAGGGCCUCAGAAAACUUCACCUCUUUGUCAAACUGAAAAACCAUCCGAGACUGAAGAUAAGAUUUCAAAUAGGGACUGUAUGUGAAGAGGAAGAAGAGAAGAGAGACCUUUGGUCUAAAACAAAACACUCCUAGCACUUUUAUGCUCUAGCUUUUAGUCUAUUACUUAUUUGCUUAUAGUUGUAAUAUGGUAACAAGAUGUUAGGCUCUUUUUUACUUUCUUGUUAUUCAUGUAAGGAGGUUGUACAUUGAUUAGAAGUAAUUUAUUUCUUCUUCUCCUCCA